UUCCCAUGAAUUACUUUUUAUUAAGUUGGAUAUAGUUUUCUGUGGAUUAAAUCAAAGUCAAAUCUACUAAAAAUGAUAUUUCGGUCAAUUAAAUUAACUAAAUCUGAAUUCGCUUCAGGUGACAUUGUCCAAAAAAUUUGCUAGUGUCUAAGAAUCGGUAAAAAAAUGCAUAGCCACACUGCUGGAAGUAUAGUAGAAUCUCCAAUUUGUAAAUAGUGAACUGAUUUUGUGUGAAUAAACUAUCCCGAAUCAAGCAUUCAUUAAGUUUUAAAUAAGCAUCUCUUAAAAUCUGCUAACGGAAAAGUUGUAACUUUAGUGUUUGAGUUAACAAAAUUAAGUACUCAGUUAUUUGGUGAAAAAUCAAUAAUCUUACGCAAAAAGAAACUUGGACAUUUAAGUGUUUUACCACACCCGUAAUACAAAAGAAACUCUCAACAUGACGUGAUUGAUUAAAUUCUAUCUAAUAUUGUGGGGAAAAAGCAAAAAAAUGGAUCCACCAACGUUUAAUGAAGCUGAAUUGAAUUGCCAAUAUACAGCUCUACAAGAUUAUGAACAAUAUCAAUCGCGGUACCCAAACUCCUCAAUAUACGUCACCAAGUCUCCUGAGUUGGCACUUUCAAGAGCAGGGGGCCAAUGUUCAUAUGGAUCGGAUCACAAUGCACCUAAUUUAAUUGGACCACAAGGACAACUUGCCUCUUCGCAGGAACAGAAUGAGCCUGUUAUACAAGAACGCUCGUCAGUCUCUACUGUGAGAUACAUGCAAGCCUCACAAUAUGAUGAAAUGCCAGACUAUGGUCUAAAUGCUUGCCCCGUCGAAUCCCACUAUAUUGAGAAUCCCACCAUUGCUUACGGAUAUGUAUCAGAAGUUAAUUUUGAUUUUCCCAUUGAAGCUGGCAACACUAAUUCUUACUCACCAAGGCCAUUACUAUUUGACAGCAAUCUCAAUGGUUCAGAAUCAGCACUUCCUUCGGAUGUAGCAAGGACUUACGAUGGUCAUACUGAUUAUCAAAGUAAAAUGGCACAACUUACUCUAACACCAAUGGACGCGGUUUCACACAUAAGAGAUUCAAAACAUUUGCUCAUGGAAGGUUCAGGAAGUGACAUAUGUUCAACAAUGAGAUGGCGUGACCCAAAUCUUUCAGAAGUUAUAAGUUUUUUGAACAAUCCAAAUAAUGAAAUUAAAGCAAACGCAGCAGCUUAUUUACAGCACCUAUGUUAUAUGGAUGAUCCAAACAAGCAGCGAACUCGGACUCUGGGUGGAAUCCCGCCGCUUGUACGUCUGCUAUCGUACGAUGUUCCAGAGAUUCACAAGAAUGCAUGUGGUGCUCUACGAAAUUUAUCCUACGGAAGACAAAAUGAUGAAAAUAAACGCGCAAUUAAAAAUGCAGGGGGCAUAACUGCGCUUGUAAAUUUGUUGUGCAGAACACAAGAAUCAGAAGUAAAGGAAUUGGUCACUGGAGUUCUAUGGAAUAUGUCUUCCUGUGAGGACAUCAAACGCUCGAUUAUUGAUGAAGGUUUGAAUGCUAUUGUUAGUAACAUUAUUAUACCCCACUCGGGUUGGGAUGCGGUUUGUGCAGGAGAAACAUGUUACUCCACAGUUUUUCGAAAUGCCUCAGGAGUUUUACGCAAUGUCAGUUCUGCCGGAGAGUUUGCAAGGACUAGUCUGAGAAACUCGGAACACCUAGUAGAGUGUCUUAUAUAUGUGGUGAAAAUGGCUAUAGAAAAGAACAACAUUGGAAAUAAAACCGUCGAAAAUUGCGUUUGUAUUUUACGCAAUCUAUCAUAUCGCUGUCAAGAAGUGGAAGAUCCUAAUUACGAUAAACAACCAAUGCCAAUACAAAGCCGACCUCAAUCGAAUUCCUAUAAAGGAGAGAAUCUCGGCUGUUUUGGGACAAGUAAAAAGAAAAAGGAGGCUGCACAAAGUGAACAUCAAACAGAAAAUAAUUAUACUCCCAGCACUUCGAAGAAUUCAGUACCCAACAGUUCAUCACACAAACGAUAUGAACUUUUGUGGCAACCAGAGGUUGUGCAGUACUAUUUAGCUUUAUUGCAAAGUUGUUCCAACCCGGAAACUUUAGAAGCGGCUGCAGGCGCUAUUCAGAACCUUUCAGCCUGUUAUUGGCAGCCAAGCAUUGAUAUUCGCGCCACAGUUCGCAAAGAAAAAGGGCUACCCAUAUUAGUAGAACUGCUCCGUAUGGAAGUUGAUCGUGUUGUUUGCGCAGUGGCAACAGCUUUACGAAAUCUUGCUAUAGACCAACGCAACAAAGAGCUUAUUGGGAAGUACGCCAUGAGAGAUUUAGUCCAAAAGCUUCCAACUGGCAAUCCACAGCACGAUCAGAACACCUCCGAUGACACAAUUACUGCAGUAUUAGCCACAAUUAAUGAAGUAAUAAAGAAAAAUCCGGAGUUUUCACGAUCGUUGCUGGAUGCCGGUGGUGUUGAUCGCUUGUUAAGCAUAACGAAACAGCGCCAAAAAUAUACAUCAUGUGUGUUAAAGUUCGCCAGUCAGGUUUUGUUCACAAUGUGGCAACAUCAUGAAUUACGCGAUGUUUACAAGAAAAACGGAUGGAAAGAGCAAGAUUUCGUAUCAAAGUCAUUUACAGCUCAUAAUAUUUCGCCAAAUUCACCCAAUAACGUAAACAACACUCUUAACAGACCCAUGGCUUCACAAGGUCGAACAAGAUAUGAAGAUCGAACGAUACAAAGAGCUCCAAAUAAUACGGCUCGCAAUAAUACAGGAAAUGAUUUUACAAGCUGCAAUGAGUCACCACUCCUUUGUCAAUUGGUCGAUGAUGCAUCGAGCAAUGGUGUAGGCAAUGACACUUAUCAACGGAGAAAUCAAAAUCCUCAAGCGGCUAUGUAUAUACCCAUCAUGGAAGGCGGACGGAAUCAUUCCAAUUAAAAAAUUAUAACUUUUAAAUACUUUUCAUAUUUCAUAAAUAUAAUAAAAUGCACUUACAAAUAUGUUUCAACAGAUAAUAUAUCGAUACCUCAGGGUGCAUUUGCUUUAAGUUAAAUACAUAUAACUUCUUGUCCGAUUAAUGCAAAUGAAAGUUUGAUUUUAUUUGCAGUGAAGACUGUACGAUAACGACACCAUCAAUAUCAAAUAUCACAAAAAAUUAUAGAGAAAUGAAAUAUCUAAGGCAAAUUUCAAGAAAAUCUCGCUUAACACAUUUGUGCACUGAAAUAUCGAUAUUCUAUAAAUGUAUACAAAAACUAGUUUACACGAUAAAAGGGGUAUAUAAAACGAGGUAUAUUUACCAAUACGUAUAAAUAAAAUUUACAUUCUCGAAAUGCGGUUAAUACGAACAUAUAUAAUAAAAUUUCUUGGUAGUAA